AACGCGUAAUAAACCUAAUUUUCCCGAUCUUCCAUCCUCCUUCCGUGUCCGAGUUCUCUGGCAUCUAUAAAUACUCACUCGCCUCCAUAUUCGGAAGACCAAAAACAUCACUCAACGGAUCUAUUCCAUAUCUCUAGCAUAUGUCUCAGAGAACAAACGUUCCUCAUUCCUCUUCUAUAGCCUUUGGAAUUCAUUCUCAUCUCCUGGUUUCCAGUGAGAUGAACUCUAAUUCCAACUGGUCUUAUUGUUGUUUUUCAUCUUCCGAUUCUUAGUUCUUCCCCCUUUUCACUUUCGAGCUUCGUUCAUUCUCAUUCUUUUCUGAUUAGAAGAAAAGGGUCCGUCAUAAACUACAGAAAUCAACCAGCACUGUUCUUGAAAUCCCAAUUGAUUAAUUGAAUCAAAUCUAAACCAGAUCUUUCAAAUUGUGAGAUGGGUAUUAAAGGAUUCGUCGAAGGAGGCAUAGCCUCGAUCAUUGCAGGGGUUUCCACCCACCCACUCGACCUCAUCAAGGUCCGUAUGCAGCUCCAGGGAGAGUCCCAUGUCCCCAACCCAGCAACCAUUCAGAAUCUCCGACCAGCUUUUGCCUUCAACGGCUCCUCCGCUGCUUCAGGCGCCAUCCACGCUCCUCCACUGCCACCACCACGAAUGGGACCGGUAUCUGUCGGUGUCAAAAUCUUCCAGACCGAAGGCGUCGCCGCUCUCUUCUCUGGCGUUUCUGCCACAGUCCUCCGCCAAACACUCUACUCCACCACCCGAAUGGGCCUCUACGACAUCCUCAAGCAAAAAUGGACGGACCCCAACUCGGGAAAAAUGCCACUCGUGCGCAAGCUAGCAGCCGGCCUCAUAGCCGGUGGAAUCGGAGCUGCCGUCGGCAACCCAGCGGAUGUAGCCAUGGUGCGCAUGCAGGCAGACGGACGGCUCCCGGCGGCGCAGCGCAGGAACUACAAGAGUGUCGUUGACGCCAUCACACAGAUGUCGAAGCAGGAAGGGAUCACGAGCUUGUGGAGAGGAUCAUCGUUGACAGUGAACAGGGCCAUGAUUGUGACGGCAUCACAGCUUGCGACAUAUGAUCAGGUGAAGGAGAUGAUUAUUGGGAAUGGUGUGAUGAAGGAUGGGCUUGGAACCCAUGUGACUGCGAGCUUUACUGCUGGGUUUGUGGCUGCAGUAGCGUCGAAUCCGGUGGAUGUGAUUAAGACAAGGGUGAUGAAUAUGAAGGUGGAGGCAGGGGCGGAGCCGCCGUAUUCUGGGGCCAUGGAUUGUGCUUUGAAGACAGUGAGGGCUGAGGGUCCAAUGGCUCUGUAUAAGGGUUUUAUUCCCACAAUAUCAAGGCAAGGCCCCUUUACUGUGGUUCUGUUCGUGACGCUUGAGCAAGUUCGGAAGCUGCUCAAAGAUUUCUGAGUUCUCUCAGACAGAUGAUGACGAAGAACAUUUCUUAUUAUUAGAUGAAAA